GAUGAUGAGGGUCAUGUGGUGAGGGCUGUGUGGAGCUGGAUGGUGGAGAAGUCAGUAAACAGUGCUGAGCUUUUCUCCUGGAUCCGCUGAGUGAAAUCAGAGCGGGUUUAUUCGCUGAGGGGUUCCAGUAUUCGGCUCGGGUCCGGUCAGCAUGCAGAACGUGAUUAACUCAGUGAAGGGAACGGCUCUGGGAGUGGCUGAGUUCCUCACUCCAGUGCUGAAGGAAUCCAAAUUUAAGGAAACAGGAGUUAUAACUCCUGAAGAGUUUGUUGCUGCCGGAGACCACUUGGUUCAUCAUUGCCCCACAUGGAAAUGGGCAUCUGGAGAAGAUACAAAAGUGAAGCCAUAUUUGCCCCACGACAAGCAGUUCCUAUUAACACGAAAUGUUCCAUGUUACAAGCGCUGUAAACAAAUGGAGUACUCUGAUGAACUGGAAGCCAUUAUAGAAGAAGACGAUGGAGAUGGGGGAUGGGUCGACACCUAUCAUAACUCUGGUGUAACAGGAAUGACGGAAGCAGUUCGGGAAAUCUCAUUGGAUAACAAAGACAAUAUGAAUAUGAACGUGCGUAUGAGAAGUGGAAAUGGUGACAAUAAUGGCGAUGAUGAUGACGAUGAUGAAGGAGAAGCAGCAGAUAUGGAAGAAUAUGAAGAAAGUGGACUUUUGGAAACAGAUGAGGCCACACUUGACACGAGUAAAAUCGCAGAUACAAACAAAUGCAAGGCUGAGGCAGGCGGAGAAGAUGCCAUCCUACAGACGAGAACCUACGACCUUUACAUCACUUAUGAUAAAUACUAUCAAACUCCCAGGCUGUGGCUUUUUGGAUAUGAUGAGGAAAGACAGCCUCUUACUGUGGAUCAAAUGUAUGAAGACAUCAGCCAAGAUCAUGUGAAAAAAACUGUUACCAUUGAGAACCACCCACACCUGCCACCUCCUGCCAUGUGCUCUGUGCAUCCAUGCAGGCAUGCUGAGGUCAUGAAGAAGAUCAUUGAGACAGUGGCAGAAGGUGGAGGAGAGCUCGGGGUUCAUAUGUAUCUUCUGAUUUUCUUGAAAUUUGUUCAAGCUGUCAUUCCAACAAUAGAAUACGAUUACACAAGGCACUUUACUAUGUAAUGUUCGAGCUCACCAGGAUUACAGCUGCGUCUUCAAGGCUUUGAGAGUUGUGGUGAAGGAAGGCUGUUUGCUGUGUGCAGACACUGAGCUAGAAACACACAUGCACAGGUCCUGAGAAAUACUUAAGGAAUGUUACAUAUUGUAUGAAAUAUCCUACUUUGCAUGAGGAAAGGAUCUGAAGGAAGUCUGGUACCUACACUAUUCUCACUAUUCUCCAGCUUCAAAAUGGCAAACUUACUCAUUUCCCGUAUAUGGAUCUCACUGUGCUGCUGAUGCUGUCUUCAUGCUGAAAGUAUUUAUAUUCAUAUUGAUUUAAACAGUAAUACAAAUGAUCUAUUAUAAAAAAUAUAUAUAACAUAAAAAAUUGCAUUACUGGUCUAACCAGCAUUCCUUCUGUAUUUGUAGCUUCUGACUGGGUGUACAAAAAACUGGUGUUGGAUAUGUUGAAUUUGUUGACUCUUGUAAAACAGUAUAACUUUUAUGCCAGAUUGUCUUAAUGCUUCGCUCUUUGAAUGUGUGAGCUGUUUGGGCUUCAGACUGUUGUAGUGUCGACCUGCUGUAAGUCUGGUAUAAGGUUCUUUCAUUUAACUUCCACUUUUAUUUAAUAUCCUGAACCCUAUAGUUCAUAGCAAAGCCUCCGUAAUGUAUGUAAGAACUCGGACAUCUAAUAUUUAUAUUCCGUAGACUUACAGUAAAAUGCUUAUGCAGCGAAGUCACUGAAACGUCCAGCAGCACAGCAGCAGUGGCUUUUUCAGACACAGAGAUACAGUGCGACAUGAUUUCCCAGAUAUGUAAGGUUUGACCAUGUUUCAUUGUUCUUGUGUGUACAUUUUUAAAUAAUGUGAAUUAUAUGAAUAAAAAAAACUAAUUGUAAAGGUGUCCUUUCUUGCAGUCUCAAAAUUAGUCCCGUACCCAUACUUUUUUUUUUUUUUGUUAAUUUCUUUAUUAGUUGGGUUAUAAUUUAAACAUGGGCACAGAUAAUCAGGUCAGGCCUUUGUAUCAACAGGUAUGUGAUAGUAAAUGUUGCAGUGUGUCUCCAUUUGGGUGCUUCUAUCUGUAAAUAAAGUAAAAUAAAUAAUUCA